AUGACAGCAGCAGAAGUUGCUCCCAAGGAUGUUCCUCUCCGCCAAGUUGAAGCUGUGAACAGUACGAGGAACGGAUGGGAGGCAAUCCCCUGUCAUCCGCUCGGAGUCAAACCGAGUGGCAACGCCUUGGUUGCAACCUCGAAUCUUCGCGACGCUAUAGGAACAUUCAAUAUAUUUCCAGACGAGGUCGUUUUGACGUUUCUGGAGUAUCUAGAUCCACCGACAUUGUUGAGACUUGGGCGAACGUGUAAAGCACUAUAUGCAUUCACGCGGUCUGAGGAUUUAUGGAAAGCGUUCCUAGUUGGUGAAAAUCGCCAUGAUCUGGUGUGGCAAGGGACUUGGAGGGCAACAUUCUUGAAGUUGUCGCCAUCACAGAUCCCAACAAUUGAUUGCUCAAACCUCUUCUCUGAUGCUCUCCAUCGGCCUUUCUACUGUGCCCAUAUAUCACUCGACCCAUAUGUUACCGGCAUCCCUUCCCAGAACCAGAUUUCCCGACUUGAAAAUCUGUCCACUGAUGACUUUCAAGCGAAAUGGACAAACCGGCCAUUCAUAUUGACCGAACCAGUGAAAGAGUGGCCUGUCUUCAACAAGUGGUCCACAGACGAGCUACUAGAGAAAUAUAGCCCCACGAUAUUUCGUGCAGAAGCUGUAGACUGGCCUUUGAAGACUUAUGUAGACUACAUGAGAAACAACGCCGACGAAAGUCCGUUGUAUCUCUUUGACCGCAGCUUUGUCUCCAAAAUGGACCUGGAAGUUGGUCACCCUUCAGUCGUUCCCAACGCCGCAUACUGGCCACCACCAUGUUUUGGGGAAGAUUUGUUCGCUGUGUUGGGAUCAGACCGUCCUGACAGUCGAUGGCUUAUCAUUGGACCUGAACGAUCAGGAAGUACUUUCCACAAAGACCCCAAUGCAACAAGCGCGUGGAAUGCAGUGCUUCGCGGUUCCAAGUAUUGGAUCAUGUUUCCAUCUUCGUCAAAGCUACCUCCUCCUCCCGGCGUCUACGUUUCGGAGGACCAGAGUGAGGUGACGUCUCCUUUGAGCAUUGCUGAAUGGUUACUAGGAUUCCAUGCCGAGGCAAGACGCACUCCGGGGUGCCUUGAAGGGAUCUGCGGUGAGGGUGAAAUCUUACAUGUGCCUUCAGGCUGGUGGCAUUUGGUCGUCAAUCUCGAGCCGUCAAUUGCUAUUACACAGAAUUUUGUGCCUAGAGGACAUCUAUCUGCGGCACUGGACUUUUUACAGAAUAAAGCAGAUCAAGUAUCCGGCUUUCGCAAGAAUGUUGACGAUCCUUGUGCUAGAUUUGUGGAAAAGAUGAGAGAGACCUAUCCAGAUCUUCUCGAAGGAGCGCUGGAGGAAUUGGCUAAGCAAAAGGAGGGCAGAAAGCGCAAAUGGGAUGAAAUUAUUCAUGCUAAUUCUCAGGUUAAUGACCCUUGCGGGAGAGCCGAAGAGUUCAGCUUUGGAUUCGGCGGGGACGACAGCGAUAUUGAAGUUCCCUAG